AAACAACCCCAAGAACAAGAUCCCAACGCACAGCACCCCACUGUCUUCUGCACUACGACCAGAUUCACUUCUAUAGCAAGCACUUGUACGGGGGAACCGUACUUUUUUCUUCUUGAACUAUCUUUUUGGUCCUUCACUUUCAGCUUUGGCCUCGCGUACAACCAUCCGUCACAUAGGCCAUGAGUUCCUACGCCACUACAAUGCAGUCUCACGAUGACCUUGCAGCCCUUUUCUCUCGCAAUCUAACCUUUAACCCCGAGGUGCAGAGCCAAGUACAGUCGCCCAAGCCAGAAGCCGAGCUCAAGCAGACCCCUGACCCCGCCCCCACCAACGCCGCGCCAACUCCGGCCCCCAUCAUCUACUCCAUCACCCAGCACUACACCCACUCGGCGCACAUUGCUCGCCAGCCACAAUCUCAAAAUGUUCCUAUUCAACGUCCCUCGUCAGAACCUCCUCAGACCGAGCAGUUGACCCCCGAGAUUGUCCUCAGCCAGCACGGCGUUGACCCUUCUGUCCUCUCCCCCUCCCAAAUCCAGCUCUUCCGAAUCUCCGAAGAACCCCAACAACUACGUCUGAUCGAAAUCUGGCGUGCCGCGCCGCCUACCUCGAGGACAGAAAACCCCUCACUCGCCUGGACGAGCACCACGCUGGAGCAGGAGGAGCAGCUGGCGAAGCUGCGGUAUGAGCGCCUGGAGGCGGAGAAGCAGCAGCAGCAGCAGAACGCUGUCAUGAGCCUCGAUGGCACCCCGGUUCAGUCCGACGACAGCCGCUGGCUGGCAAACUCCAUCUCCCACCAGGUCGAACCCUACAUGAUGUCCGGCUACGAGGAGAUGAUGCGCCGCGAGUACGAGCGGGAGCAAGUUGAUGCCCCCCCAGCGGCAACUACUCUCAUUGUGGUUCCGUCCUCAGCAGCGGUUACAAGCCAGCCACCGACCCCGUCUACAAGGGCUUCGGCGAUGACUGGGCCCGGGAGCAGGCGCUUCAGAUGCAGAUGCAAAUGGAGAAUCAGUACGGCGCCUUCCAGCAUUAUGGUGGCCAGGCAGGUAACAUGGAGGCCAUGGAAAUUUUGUAAACGGACACUUUGCGCGCACCAAAUUCACUUUUCAGCAUAGCAACAGAUACGUUUCUCUCGCGGGUUGGACUGCAUGUCGGAUGGGCACACGGGUGGAGAGGAGACCAAGGCAAUAGCGGGCUGGCUGCCUUUAGUUGGAGAACGGUUUCUUUUGUUAAGAAGGUUAUGGAUAAGGAAUUGGCCAGAUACCACUAGUCACACAUGAGGAAUGAACAGAACUACGAAACAAAACAGAC